ACAGGAAGCUCACAGAAGGUAUCGACGGUGUACCUUGCCAAGAACGCUCGUUACGACUCUCAGAAAAGAGAGAAGGAGCCUUUUUGCUCACCUGGCACCCGUAUUGAUGUUCUGAGGGAUAUCGACAAGUGGAUUGAGGAUGAAAAUGCCCCGGCUAUCUUCUGGUUGAGCGGACUGGCAGGGGCUGGAAAAUCCACCAUUUCUCGCACAGUGGCUCGGGAUUGUGCCGCAGAAUCGCGGCUGGCUGCUAAUUUCUGCUUCUCGAUGGGAGAUGGCGGUGCUAAUAGUGCGGACCUCUUUGCAACCACCAUUUCCCAUCAGUUGGCUGGAAAUAUGUGGAAUAUGAAGGAACAUCUUGCCUCGGUACGGGCAGGGGAUCAACUUCUGCCUUGUCAGGGAUUGUUGCGGCAGUGGGAAACACUCGUACUUGAGCCGCUCUCUCGUUUCUACCCAGGAUUCUGGACGUCGAUGUUAAUUGUGAUUGAUGGUUUGGACUCCUGCCAGGACGACAAUGAUAUCAGAUUGAUUAUCCGUCUUUUAUCCAAAGUUCAUGAAGCCUCACAUGGAAGAAUGCGUAUCUUACUGACGAGUAGACCUGAAUCGGUCAUUCGGUCAGCGCUUUCCGGUAUCGACCACAGAGAAUUCAGGCUGGAGGAUAAUCAGCGAGGCAUUAUUGACAGCGAUCUUCGUGUGUUUUACUCGGACGAGAUGAAAAACAUCGCGCAAACAGUUGAAGGUCUGAAUGAAGAUUGGCCUGGAGACGAGACCAUCUCCAAGUUAGUCCAAAAGGCGGAGGGUCUUUUCCUCUGGGCUGCCACUGCUUGUCAAUACUUGCGAGAUGGACGGAAGAAAGGUUUCAUCCUCAGACGACUUGAUGAUAUUAUGGAAGGUUGCACUACCAAGGGAAGCCCGCAAGAUAAAGUGAACCAGACAUAUGCCGCUAUUCUAAAGCGCUCAGUCAGCAAUCACUGGACGGAGUCUGAAAUCAGUACACAUAAUGACACUGUCAAUGAUAUCCUCGCCGCGAUGUGUAUCGUUCAAGCCCCAGUUUCAGUGAAAACCAUGGAAAUUCUACUUCCACAAGAUGACAUCGAGGCUACGGUGCGCGACCUGCAGUCCAUUAUCAUGGUGCCUGAUGACGCCGGGAAACCUGUG